CGCUAAAAACGCUGUGAAACUAAUCUAAAGUUUUCAAUAUUUUAAGUCUAUUGAUUGCCUAACAAAUGUCAAACGUAAAGAACACACGUUUGUUUGUCUAUUGUUUUGUUUACCUAGUUUGGAUGGGUUAUUUUGCCAAUGUUGUAAACUACAUAAUUUAAAUACAGUAUAGUUUUAUGUGUAGAAUUUCUUUCCCGUGAUGAAAUUUAUCUUCCUGCAAAGGUUUAUCAUUAAAUAGGCGACACGUUUAUAAAAAUAUAGGAAAAAUAUUUACAUCUAAAUAUGAGUGACUCAAGAAUUAAUAACUUUAAUAAAUCAAAAUAUUUUAGAGGUCGAGGAAGCUGGAAAUUUCGUGGCCGAGGCAGAGGAAGUAAUAACCGUGACAAAAGAGGACGAGGUGGGAACUUCUCUGGAACUUCUACACACGGUAGCAGUAGCAACUUCAGAGGAUCUGCUUCCGGUGCAGGGAGAGGUGGAGGAUUCAGAGGUACUCCGGGACACGGGCAUGGAGAAGGAGACUUUAUACUGCAUUCAACUGGAAUUAGUUCCAUUUCUCAGCCUCCAAUUACAGCUAUCUUCCCUACCACCCAGGUUCCCAGCCAGUACAAGGGAUGGCGGUUUUACCACCCUCAAGAAAGUUUCAUGGAAGGUUCCCCAACAGUCAACAAGACACGAGCAGUGGAAGGCUAUCUGCAGAGGAACAGCCAACUGUUUAUUGCCUCUGACAUUGAGGAACGCCGGUGUUGUUCUCUGGAUUACAAGCAUGUCACAAGUGAUACCCAGUUGGCAGAAGAUUGGCCCAGUUUCCAGUCCGAUUUACUGGACGAGCCUGAUCACUCAUUGAACUGUCUCGGACUAGCAAUUCAUCAGUUUACAUUGAAAGAAUUAGAGAGAGACAUUAGUGAUGAGGAAGGACACUCAAUAGAUCUUCCAGCCAUACGUGUGAGAUUACUCAACUAUGAGCCUAUUACUCAUUUGAAGAAUCUGAAAGCAAACUUUUAUGGAAAGCUGGUGUGUGUGCGUGGCACAAUAAUUCGUGUGGGCAACAUGAAACUGUUGUGCACAUGGUUGGGCUUUCAGUGUGCGGCUUGUGGCAGUGUGCAAACUGUUCGUCAGCCGGACGGAGCAUACACGCAGCCCACAGUUUGUGCGAGCAACAACUGCCGUGCACGCAGCUUCAACCCUCUUUGUAGCUCUACAUACACACAGACACUCAAUUGGCAAACAGUGCGACUACAAGAGCUGGUGGAUGAUGAUCAGAGAGAGGGAGGCCGCGUGCCACGCAAUGUGGAGGUGGAGUUGACGGAAGACCUUGUAGAUUCUUGCGUCCCAGGAGAUGAAGUCACCAUCACUGGAAUAGUCAAGGUCCGAACAACCGAGGAAGGCUACAAGAAGAACAAGUCAGCCAGUAUGUUUGUUCUGUACAUCCUAGGAGUGUCAGUGGCAAACGGCAAAGCCACCUCGGGCAGCGGCCGCACGUCUGGCAUCGAGUUUAAUAUCAAGGACUAUUACGCUAUUCAGGAGAUACAUGCUGAGCCAUCACUAUUCCGUCUGCUAGUCAACUCGCUGUGCCCUGCCAUCUACGGCCAUGAGAUGGUGAAGGCGGGGCUGCUGCUGGGUUUGUUCGGAGGCUCCCAGGCGAAUCACUCUCGGGCUGACUCACAUGUUCUCGUUGUGGGUGACCCUGGUCUUGGCAAGAGUCAGAUGUUACAAGCCUGCGCCUCCGUCGCUCCCAGAGGAGUUUAUGUUUGUGGCAACACGAGCACAGCUUCUGGUCUGACCGUGACCCUAACCAGGGAGGGAGGUGGAGACUUUGCCCUGGAAGCUGGGGCUCUGGUGCUGGCUGAUCAGGGUUGCUGCUGCAUAGACGAGUUUGACAAGAUGUCAGUACAGCACCAGGCUUUACUGGAGGCAAUGGAGCAGCAAGUAAUCAGCAUAGCUAAGGCAGGAGUGGUAUGCUCCCUGCCCGCCCGUACCGCCAUACUCGCCGCAGCCAACCCAGCCUCAGGCCACUAUAAUCGAGCCAAGACUGUGGCCGAGAACCUGAGAAUGGGUCAGCCACUGCUGUCUCGCUUCGAUCUUGUCUUCAUCCUUUUAGACAAGCCUAACGAGCAACUGGACAGCCUACUGUCAGAACAUGUCAUGGCUUUACACUCCGGGGUCAAGCAGACAUCUGACAUCCUCUCAGUGACCAGCACCCAGUCCAACCUUCCUGACUCUGACGUGCCUCUCAGUGAGCGGCUGAAGUUAAAUGGUGAAUCAGUCGAUCUGCUGCCUCACGUGUUGUUGCGCAAAUAUAUUGCAUACGCCCGCAAGUACGUGCCUGCACCACGCUUGUCUGCUGGUGCUGCAAAGGUGCUGCAACACUUCUACCUGGAGCUGCGCAAGCAACAUCAGACCCUUGAUGCCACACCUGUCACCACACGACAGCUGGAGUCACUUAUCCGCCUCACUCAGGCACGAGCCAAGCUGGAGUUGCGAGAGGAAGCCACUGAGCAGGACGCAGUAGACGUGGUGGAGCUGAUGCGGUGGUCAAUGGUUGAUACAUUCAUUGAUGAGUUUGGAGCACUCGACUUCCACCGAUCCACCCAUGGCUCUGGAAUGAGCACCAAGAACCAGGCAAAGAAAUUCAUAAGUGCUUUGCAGAAGAAGGCCGAACUUCAAGCAAAGUCUGUUUUUACAAUCAUGGAAAUGAAAGAAGUUGCUGCAUUAGCAAAAAUACAAGUUGGCGACUUCUUUACUUUUGUGUCCAAUUUAAAUACUCAAGGUUAUCUGAUAAAGAAGGGCAAGCAGGUAUACCAACUGCUGUCUGUUGAUUUUUAAUUGAGUUUGUAUUGUAUUUAUAGAUAUCUAACCUACCUCAUGGGCCACCUAUUUGAUAUGUGAUAUAUUUUAUAAUUUAAAUACAUACAAUUUAAUAAUAUAGUAAAUUAGUAUAGAAGUUAUUUACGUUUUUCAUUUAACCAAACUUAUUUAUGUGUAUAAUUUAAGCAGUUAAUAAGAGAUAAAUGUUCAUAUUUUUGUAGUAGCCUGAGUUUUGUUAGAGUAAUCUGUGGAUACUGUUUAUAAUGAAUAAUAUAAUUUAUUGCAUUAGUUUAUUUUAGAAUAAAUAAUGUUAAUGUUGUUUUGUUGUGCUGUGUUAGUCUCCAUAUUCUUUAAGUUAGAUGCCUGGUAGAUUUCUUUAAACUUGACUUAUAGAUCAGACAUUAAAGAUGUUAUAAGUGAAAAUAUGAAACAUUAGGAUAUUAUGAAGGAUGUAUUUUUUCAAAAUUCUUUGAAGUAAAUCCUUGAUGUGUUUUCUGCUCCUUUUCAAUGUUUAAAAAAUGUAGAGUGUUUCUGUAAUUUAUUGUUGUAAUACUUAAAUAUCAAAAUUCUCAAUCAUUAUUAAUAAAGUUUAUUUGAAUCAUUGUUA